AUGGUGCAUGAAGUAGUAGUCAGGGAGGCUGAUGAUCGUCGCUAUGCUGCCUUGAUCAGGGGCGUUGUAUGCAGCGGUGGAAUUUUAGGCAUUAUCUUAUUCGCACGGAAAACACGGAUGUUUGCGAGGUACGAAAAAGUAUCAGAGAUACCACUUGAGGUAUAUAAAAAAGGAAUUGAACUGAAAGGAAUUGUUCGUGCUGUUCAUUCCAAUGGAUAUAUGAAAGUCGAGCAUAUACCAAUGUUCACGUUGCCGAAAUUUCUUUCCAGAAAGAAGUCAAUUCAGCCAGGAUUGCUGGACUUACGACUUGCGGGUAUUGAUGUUUCGGAUGCUGGUUCGAACUAUCUUACGAAAGUGGUGCGCUUGCGUAGUAAUCAAAUACUUUUCUCUGCCAUCAAGCCAGUUGAAAAUAACAAAUGUAUCGAUGCUGAAAUUUUCUUGCAGAGGCCUUUCCAGAAGAGAUUUUUGCAAACAAAUUUAAAUGUGGAUUUGGUACGUCGAGGUUUUGCACGUGUAAUACCGCUGAGUAAUCCAGAACAUGUGGAUGCUUUGAAAACUAAUCUCUCAUAUUCAAGAUUAAUGUCAAAGUUGAUCAUGUCUGAAAAGAUCGCUGAUCGUCGAGGAUUAGGUUUGUGGACUCGUGAUACGUGGGCGGAAGUUAUAUUUUCAUAUCCUGUCACUUUCAGACAGAUUAUCCGUUCGACAGGAAUAACGAGAUUUCUGGUCGCAACUACAGUUGUCUGCAAAGAAAUGCUUGUCACUGGAAGUCGUAUAUCGAAACAAGCAUUUAAAACCAUCACUGCAUUAAGCCAAAAAAUGUAUAUAAUAGUGCAACAAUUAGCUAAUGCAUCAUUUGGAUUAAACAGAUCAUUGAAAAGGAGGAUUGACAAGUUUUCAUCGAAAUAA